AGGCUUGCCAUGGCUUUGUUUCAAGCCAUAAAGGAUGAAUUUGGCCUUACCUCUUCUCAUAAAAUUCUCGACUUUCUCCUUACUUCUUGCGUAAACGCAAAAGAUUUACAGAACUCUCUUUUAAUUUGGAGUGAAUAUCAGGCAGCUAGCCUUCGUUUCAAUGUUUUAACAUUCUUAAGGAUGCAUCAAGCCCUUUUGGCUUCAGGAGAUCCCAAGUCUGCGAAGAGUUUGCUAACUAAGAUUCCGAUGGACGACCCGCACGUUCGAUGCAUUAUCAAGGCAUGUCAAAAGACUUAUGUUCAGUCAUCGAGCAUGACAAAGACAAAGAAGCAGAAGAUGAAGAAUAAAACAUGAAAAAUACAAUCAUCCAUGAAAUAGUUAACAUGAAGGAAAGC